UCUGAGCUCAAAGUUCAGACGGACAAAGACGAUCCCAACAACAAGAGGAAGAAUUGGUCCCUAAAAGCUCAGCUCCCGACGUUAAAACCAACGAAGAAGACCCGUCCGGAGGACUUGUGCGGCCACGCGUCCGUCUCUGAGGACGUCUCUACCUGAGGAGGACGAGGUCAAACUGACGGAUCGACCGCCGGCCAUCUUGGAGACACGGACAGAUCUGCUGGUUGUCCUCAGCGCCUCCUGCCCGGCUGCAGCGCCUCCUGCUGGGCGCCAUGGAGCCUGCGGCGGGCCGGCUGCCCCUCGGGGUGCUGGGAGAGAACGAGGCGCUGCAGCAGUUCUUCAGCGGACAGGAUGUGAGCGGCGUGUUGGACAGCUCGGUUGCCGUGGAUACGAGCAUCCUGGAGCAGUACCUCAGUAACGACAUGGACCCCAACAGCUUCAUGCUCCCUGAGUCUCCUCCUGACUCGAGCUCGGAGGCGUGUUCACCUGCACAGAUACCAGACUUCCACUACGAGGCGUCUAAUUGGUCGAAUCAGCAGAACAUCCAGCCAGCACAACGUCCCGCCCCCUCAACGUCCUGUUGCUUUAAGGACCGAGGCCCCGCCCCCCACAAUUUGCUGACCCCCGAUCAGCUCCGCCCUUUGGGCCUCACUGACACCUUCGUCGAGCUUGGGACGUCUGCACCGCACCAGCCGCCACGCCGCUCACCUGAGCACCUGCACUACCUGGGUCCAGAGGGCCGCCCGCAGGUUUACACCCCCCCCACCGCGCCAGCGCCACCCUCCAUCAGCUACGUCAAGCCCUACGAGGUCCCAGGCGUAGCCACACCCCCUUCAACCUACCUGCUGGACUCAUCGCUGCACACCUGCUCCCCAGAGAGCAAAAAAAGGAGAAGAUCUGAGUGUGAGGAACCAUCGGGGGGAAUCGAGGCCUCCUGCAGUGAAGGUGAUGGGACCCGAGGUGGCAGUGUAGGGAACAGCUUGAGCGGUUUGGGAUCGUACCAACUUGUCACAUGGGAACACUACAGGCUGGAGCAUUGGACCACUUCCUACGACAGCAGCUACGAGACCAUGUCCCCUCCCGCCUACCACAUCGACACCGAUAAAGGCUUCAACUACUCCGCGGUGGACGAGGCCUUCGUCUGCCAGAAGAAGAACCACUUCCAGGUCACCGUCCACAUCGGCGUGGCCGCAGAGCCGAAGUACGUCGGGACGCCCGGCGGGCCGCAGCAGGUCGACCACUUCCUGAUUAAAGUGUUCGGAGUCAAGCUGGAAUCUCCGAGCCACCUGGUGACCAUCGAGCAAUCUCAGCCCGACCGCAGCAAGAAGCCCUUCCAGGCUGUCAGGGUCAGUUUGCCCAGCGGCAAAAUCACCAAGGUGACGCUCGGCCGACUGCACUUCAGCGAGACCACGUCCAACAACAUGAGGAAGAAAGGCAAACCCAACCCGGACCAGCGAUACUUCCAGCUGGUGGUCGCUCUGUACGCCGCGGUGGGAGGAGCCGAGACGUUCCUCCUCACAGCUCUGGUGUCGGAGAGAAUCGUCGUUAGGGCCUCUAACCCGGGUCAGUUUGAGAUGGAGGGCGACGCCCCGUGGCAGCGCGGCGCAGCGCAGGACGCCGUGGUGUGCCAGGGCCACGUGGGCAUCAACACCGACUCCCCCGACGAGGCGCUGGUUGUCUGCGGCAACGCCAAGGUGAUGGGCGCCAUCAUGCAGCCGUCCGACCGCCGCGCCAAAGAGAACAUCCAUGAGGUGGACUCUGAGGAGCAGCUGAGGAGAAUCACACAGAUGAGAAUAGUUGAGUUUGAUUAUAAACCAGAGUUUGCCUCCACCAUGGGGAUAGACCACACCCACCAGACAGGUAUCAUCGCUCAGGAGGUGAAGGAGCUGCUCCCAUCGGCCGUGACGGAGGUCGGAGACGUGUCCUGCUCCGACGGAGAGAAGAUCCAUAACUUCCUCAUGGUGGACAAAGAGCAGAUCUUCAUGGAGAACGUGGGCGCGGUGCAGCAGCUAUCGAAGCUCACCGACAACCUGGAGACUCGGAUCCAAGAGCUGGAGGUCUGGAACCGCCGACUGGCCAAGCUGAAGAGCCUAACAGGCAGCCUGCGCUCCAGCAGGAAGAGCAGGAAACACAGCAGCGCGUCGAUGGCGCCGAGUCCAGAGGCCUGCAGGAACGGCAGCGUCCAGGAGUCCAGAACCUGGAGUCACAGGUGCCGCCGCUGCCUGCAGCACAAAGUCCUUCAGGUCACCAUCUUCAUGCUGCUGGCCACCAUUGCCCUCUGUGCCAUCUCUAUCACAGCUGUGUACCUAUUAACUUUGAACGAGGAAGAGGUUGAAAACAACAGCAGUGUGUUUCCUGUGCACACCACCGCCUGGAGCAGCACAGUCCGACCCCCCGGCCCCCCUGGCCCCCCCGGCCCCACCGCCCCCCCCGGCCCUUGGCCCCCGGACGUGGACUUCUGCGACCUGCUGUACUGCGAGCGGGCGUACUGCUGUGGAACAACUGCAGGGGGCGCCACCGAGUCCAACGCCACCGAAUCAGCAGGAAGAGAAACGGAAAGAAGGAAAGAAAAACUGUAUGGCGAUCUAAAAGAUGACAGAGACUGGACGAACACCACCAUCCAUUCCUUCCUGAUCAAAGAGAACCAGCGGGUGAUUGACAGUAAAUACUGCCUGGCAGGCGAAUGUGGGCCAGGUAGAUACACCUACAACGUUCCCAUCAGCCAGUUUGUCCCAGUCAACAUGAGGGUCACCUUGAUCAUGAAUUCCACGGAGCUGCUGGUGGUUUAUCUUUGUGGCCUCGAUGAGUCGGCCACCUGCUCCGCGGUGCUGGACAUGAACACCGUCACCGAGAGCCGAUACCCAUCAAACACUCAGGGAGAACACGAGUGGCCUCUUCACGUGGCUCGUCUUCAUCACAGCUCGUAUCACUUUCGCUCCACGGCGGCUGGUCAAGCUGACUGCAGUACCGACCAUCACUAUGCGGGGGCGCUCUUCACUGACUACCACUUCCACUUCUACAGACGCUGCACAGACUCCAGAGACAAACAGCUAGCGUGAAUGUGAAAUAUGACAUCUUAUUUUAUUGUGACACUUCAUUAACAUCCAUCUGUCAAAACAAUGUAUCAAUCAUUUUCUAUUUAAAACAGUGAUUCCCAACAUGAAUGAACUUUUUUUUAUGGCUUUUCUCAAACUUUUAUUUAAUGUGAGAAACUGUGCUGUUUAACCUUAUUACCUUUUUAAAAGAGGAAAAAGACAAUAUGAGCUUACGUCUACAGUUAAUUCAUGCACACUGUGACGAGGCAUCACUCCAGAAUGAACCAGUGUGCUGUUUGUGUUUUAGUUUAUUUUCUGAAAUGUACAAAUCUAAUUCUGAUGGAAAACCUGUGUGAACGAAGCGUAGGAUUGUUUUACAAUACCACUAAUAAAAAGUUAGUGCAACUUUUGGCAAGAAUCCUGAGAAAAGAGCCAGAAAAUGUUGUUCAUACAACUGUGUAAAAAAAACUAGAAAUUUAGGCAUUGAAGAAAAAUGUUUAAUGUUUGAAAAGCACCAAUUAGUUGAAAUGUACUUAUUAAAAGUAAGAAUGUCAUUGUUAAAGUGUGACAUUUUAUAUUAAUUAAAGAAUACAUCUUUUUUAUGA